AUGGAACUUCCUCUGGAACUACACACACACUCUCCUCCCGCUUGGAGACAUUUCGCCUGGAGCCCUCGGUGGCACCCACCGACCCCGCCGGCACUCUCCGUACCCUCUGGAUCACCUCACGGGUUCCGUUCGGCGGCACCAGGGGCGCGUCCAUCCACUUGUUUCCGGACCAGUGGCUGUAAAGACAACGACCCGGGUUCCCCACGGCACCUGAGCCGGUACCGUCUUCCCGACGCAGACCCCAUCCGUCCGCCCGACUCACGCCUCCACGUCCUUACCCUCGAGACUUUUGGCAGGUGCAUCUCCUACGGCGGCCGGGAAGGGGUUGUGGUCGCCCAAGCGCGCUCCUCGCCUACGAGGCGGGGCGGAGCCUGCGCGCUGCCGGAAGAGACGACGUCCGCAUGCCUGUGCCGGGAGCUCGGCAGCCGACGACGACAACGACGAGGAGGAGGAGGAGGAGGAAGCGGGACGGAACGUUGCAAGCGCGGUCCGCAGGGCCGGUCGGGAGCUCUAGCGCUGUACCGGCGGAAACGUUCCCACGGCAACCGCUCGAGCGCGCGCACGGCGCUUGCGCGGCUCCUGGCCCCGCCUCCGACCUGUACGGCGAGCGGCAGGCUCCGGGCGGGGCGCUCGGUGCCGGGCUGGCGCGGUGGUGUGGAGCGCGCGGAGGCCGGCGUGCGCAGGCUGCUCCCCCGAGCCCCGCUGGGGUCCCGCGCGCCCCUCCCGGGCCUCGGUGUUUGCGGCGUCCUGGCGGUCCGCGCCGUGGCCUGGCUGCUCCUCGGGGCGGCCGGGCUUCUGCAAAGCGGGCUCGCGGCCGACUCGAGCGACGCCCCCUUCGGCAUAAGGCCCACUUGCUCUGAAAUUAUUUUGAGGCAAGAAUUUUUAAAAGAUGGUUUCCAUAGAGACCUUUUAAUAAAAGUGAAAUUUGGAGAAAGCAUUGAGGAGUUACAGACCUGUCGACUCUUAAUUAAACAUUACAUCCCGACAGGACUUUUUGUGGAUCCUUAUGAGUUGGCUUCAUUACGAGAGAAAAAUCUAACAGAGGCAGUGAUGGUUUCAGAAAGUUUUAAUAUAGAAGCCCCUAACUAUUUGUCUGAGGAGUCUGAAGUCCUUAUUUAUGCCAGACAGGAUGCACAGUGCAUUGACUGCUUCCAAGCCUUUUUGCCUGUGCACUAUCGCUAUCACCGGCCACACAAGAAGGAUGGUGACACCCUUAUUGUGGUUAGCAACCCAGAUUUAUUGAUGUACUGUGACCAAGAGUUCCCAAUUUUGAAAUGCUGGGCUCAAUCACAAGUGCCAGCUCCUUGUGCUUUGAAGAGUAAGGAGAUCUGCCAGUGGAGCAACAUGAAGUAUAAAUCAAUACUUAAGAAUUUGACCCUGCAAGUUCCGGUGGGGCUGACUGUACAUACCUCUUUAGUGUGUUCUGUGACUCUGCUCAUUACCAUCCUGUGUGCGACCCUGAUCUUGCUAGCUGUUUUCAAAUACGGCCGUUUUUGUCUAUAAGUUUUAUACAGUUGUGUUUUCUACACAGCUAAUAAAAAAGACCUAUAUGUU